AUGGAGGAGUCAAACAAUUAUGGGCACCAACAUCCCCUGCUUCUUAUGUUGAAUCAAGACCAGCUGAUCAACUAUGGCAGUGGAGUAGCUGACUGCUCGAGGUGUGGGGAGAAGGUGUCUGCACCAUGUUUUUGCUGUGUGGAGCAUUGUGGGUUUUAUCUUCACAAGGUAUGUGCCGAGGCACCUUUGGAGCUUAAUCAUCCUUUUCAUCCUCAUCAUCCUCUUCUUCUUAUGCAAAAUGCACCUUAUUCUUCUGGACGGUACAUUUGCAAUUUUUGCGGUGAACGCGGUAAUGAUUUUGUUUAUCACUGCUCUUGCCCUUUUGACUUUCAUAUUAAAUGUGCUUUGUUUACAUUUAAUAUUGCUGAGAAUAAUUUGAAAGAGCUUGACCAUGUUGCCCUUCAACAUCCACUGGUUUUCACUGAAAAUGGUGAUGAAGAACUUGAAGAUGUUGCUAAGUGCUUUGUGUGUUGGGAACCAUUAGCAAAGUAUACACACUUUUCUCCUGACUGUGGAUUUAAUUUACAUGAGAAAUGCGCUAAACUUCCUUUCAAACUGAAUCAUAUGUGCCAUCGUAAGCAUCCUCUUGUUCUACAAUUUAAUAGCGAAGGACUCUCUUGCAAGGUAUGCCAAGAAACUCGACAGAUAAAUAUUGGAUUUGUGUAUGGUUGUUCGCCUUGUAAUUUCUCUAUUCACAUUGAAUGUGUAUCACCAUCACCUAUUAUUGAAGAUAAAAGUCACCAACAUCCAUUCUCUUUGAUCUUGAGACAAGCUCCAUUCAUUUGUGAUGCUUGUGGCACCGAAGGAAAUCAUGCUGCCUAUGCAUGCUGCACAUGCAACAUUAUCGUCCAUAAAAAAUGCAUUUCAUUGCCACACAUUAUCAAAAGCAGGUGGCAUCACCAUCCUGUUUCUCACACAUACGUCCUUCACAAAGAACAUUUUGAAAGACUGGAUUGCAUGAUAUGUCAUAUUGAGGUCAACACAGAGUAUGGAAGUUACUACUGUGUAGAUUGCAAUAUCAUCUUCCAUGUGAAUUGUGCAACUAGAGAUCUAGAUUUUUUUUAUGUUGUUUCACCAGAAAAUGAAGAUGAGAAGCCUCUUGAUAUAUCUUUGAACUCCAUCACUAAUGUUCUUGAGAGGAAUGAUGCAGGAGAAGCCACAAUGAUAGAACAUUUCAAGCAUAACCACUACUUAACCUUAAGCGACAAAAUCAGGGAGUAUGGUAAUAAAUGUUGUGAUGGGUGCAUGUUGCUGAUCUCAGAUUCAUUCUACUAUUGCUCUGAGUGUGAAUUCUUUCUUCAUAAAGCUUGCGCCGAAUUACCAAAGAUGAAGCCUAUUUGGUAUCAUUCAUGCCAAUUAGCAACCCUUGUCCUGACUUCAGACCACAUUUUCAGAUGUGAAAUAUGUGAUUUCCUUUCUAAUGGUUUUGCCUACAAAUGCAAUGAAUGUGGAAGCCACACGUGCCUUCGAUGUCAAGCUAUUCCUCCUGAUGCUCUAUCAUGUCCAGGACAUGAACAUCCCCUUCUUUUCUAUUUUGAUUUUGGUGGGCGGUGUAGUGCUUGUGGUUUGGAUAUAGAGCCCGCAUAUAGCUGCAAGGAUUGCAAUUAUUCUGUAGAUCAUUUUUGUAUGCUACUACCAACUAGAGUCAGUCACAAAUGCGAUGAGCAUCUUCUUGCACUCACUUAUCACGACAUUCAUGAUUAUUCAAAACAUCAUUACUGUGACAUUUGUGAGCAAAAAAGAGAUCUGAAGCGCUGGUUUUAUCAUUGCACAACUUGCGACACAUCUGCCCAUGUGAAAUGCGUUCUCGGUGAAUAUCCAUUUAUCAAAACUGGGAGCAUCUACAAAGAAGGGGAUCAUCCGCACCCUGUCACAUUUGUAAAGAAGAUAAAGCACUACCCUAAAUGCACCAAAUGUGGAGAGCCCUGUGAGGAGCUGGCUCUUGAAUGUGCAGAACCAGAGUGAAACUAUCUCGUUCACUGGAAAUGUAUGAACCCAUAUGCCUCUGGAAGUAGAUUCUGGGAAGGUAAAGAUUUUUAAUUGUUUUUUCAGUUGUAAGUUGAAAUAAUGUAAUUUAACCAAUUGAUUGGGUUGAAACUUGUGUGGUUUGGAUUGCUUAUUGUUGGUUUUUAUUCUUUAAUUCCAGUGCU